AUAUAUAUAUACAGACUCUGCUCAAAAGUAAACUCUAUCGUUUCCUUCCCCAACACUGCGCAGCAUAUCUUUGAUUUCAACGGAAAACAUGGCCAAAACCUCCUUCAAGCUGGAACACCCCCUCGAGAGGCGACAUGCUGAAUCUUCUCGCAUCAGGGAGAAGUACCCUGACAGAAUUCCGGUUAUUGUCGAGAAGGCUGAAAGAAGUGACAUACCUGAUAUCGACAAGAAAAAAUAUCUGGUUCCAGCUGAUCUGACAGUUGGGCAAUUUGUUUACGUUGUCCGAAAAAGAAUUAAGCUCAGUGCUGAGAAAGCCAUAUUUAUCUUUGUCAAGAACAUCCUCCCUCCUACUGCGGCGAUGAUGUCAUCAAUUUAUGAGGAAAACAAAGAUGAAGAUGGUUUCCUAUACAUGACUUACAGUGGUGAGAAUACAUUUGGAUCAGAAGUCUGAAAUGGAAAGCACAAUUGAGCUGUGUAUAUAUAGUCAGAAGGAACUUGUGCAUACUCUUUAGUUAUUUAUUUCCGUUUCUCGUAGAAUGAUGUUUUAACUUAAUUUGCAUUUGAAUGGUUAUUUUAUGGCAGACUUUUAAUAUAUUUUUCCAGUUUCUCAUUAA